CGCGCCGGCCACCGCCGCCACCAGUAGCGUCCGUGUCGGCGAGAGCGCCAGACGUGUGGUGACGGCGCGCCAUGUGACGGCGCCGCGCUCUGUGCCGCUCCCGUGUGUGAUCAUGUGGCCACUAGUGGUGACUGUGAGCGCCCUGCUGCUCGGCAGACCGGCCGCCGCCGCUGCGGACGCCGACCCGCUCCUGGAGAAACUGGCGUCCGGCCGGCCGCCGCGCGCCGUCGUCGAUAAACUCGAGGCCGCAUUCCUGCACACGCUGGGAAUGAAGCGGCGGCCGAACGCGCGGCCCCAGGUGCCCGCCUAUCUGAGCGAGGUGUACGCCAAAGUUGCCACCACCACGCGCGAGCUCAACACGCUCGACUUGAACCUGCCCGGCCGCCUGACCGGCUCGGCCAACACCGUGCGCAGUUUCAUCCAUUCAGAGGAUCGUGUGGACUGGCACAAGUACCCGGCCAACCUGCAGCGGCUGGUGUUCAACACGUCGGCGGUGCCCACCACCGAGACGCUCUCCGCCGCCGAGCUGCGGCUCUGGUGGCCCGGCGUCGAGAGCGACGCGUCGGGCGAGGGGGAGGGGGUGGCGGCGCGCGCGCGGCACCGAGUGCAGGUGUACGAUGUGGUGCGACGGACAGGCGCCGGUGGCCGGCCCGUGCUGCGGCUAAUAGACACUGUGACGGUGCGCGGAGCCGCCCGGCCGCUCAGUCUGGACGUGAGCCCGGCGGCGCGCCGGUGGCUGGCGCGGCCCACUGCCAACCACGGCCUGUUGGUCAGGGUGCUGGCUCCGCCGGGCGCCGGAGAGCGGCUCCGGCUGCGGCCCGUCCCAGAGGAGGCCGCUGGCGACUGGCAGCGACGCCAGCCGCUGCUGGUCACCUUCACCGACGACGGGCGGCCGCGAGCGCGUGCGCGCCGCAGCGCCCCGCGCUCGCACAAACGGCACAACGACGAGUGCCGGCGCCGAACACUCUACGUCGACUUCACCGACGUCGGCUGGAACAACUGGAUUGUCGCGCCGGACGGGUACAACGCCUUCUUCUGCAAGGGCGAGUGCAACCAGUUUCCGCUGCCGCAGCACCUGAACGCCACCAACCACGCCAUAGUGCAGACUCUGGUGCACGAGAAGGGCAGCUCAGUGCCAUCCCCGUGCUGCGUGGCCACAGAGCUGUCGGCCAUUUCGAUGCUCUAUACAGACCACUCGGACAAUGUGGUGUUGAAAAACUACAAGGACAUGGUGGUGGAAGCGUGCGGGUGCAACUGACCAGUCCGCGGGGCAGCGCGGGCGGGGGCGGGGGCGGACGAUGCGCAGCUGACGCUCGCGCCGCCAGCCGGCGGGGCGCCGCCGCUCGCACUCCCGCUGUUGUUGACGUGUGUUGUUGCCGCCGGCGUGGCCGCGGACAUUGGGCCACGAGGGGCCGACGGUGGCCCUUGGACGACUGUGCGCCCGAGCUCCCUGCCUCUGUGGUGUGCCUGUGUCGCCCGGUGGGCCGCGGGGCCGCUGGCGGCGCUGAGGUGACGCACGAGCGUCUCUUCCAUGACCUAGUCCUGUUCCGUCUGUGUAUCGUUAUAGAGUCGUGCUAGCUCAAAUGUUUUUUGAAGGCGGAACUAUGCAAUGUUUGUGCGCUGGUCUGUUGUUUUCAGAUAGGCGCUGAGCUAUUAUGUGUGAGUAAGGAGAGAUGAAUUGUGACGCCUGCCUACGCUGUGCGUGGACUCGUGUUUUUCAAAUGAUGCUGUGUGUUUGAAAGGGUUAUAUGGCUAUCUGCGUGUGGGAGCGUGAGAGAGUUGGUCUGACGAGGUUUGAGUGGGUGAGUGGGUGAGCUGUGAGUGAGAGUGAGAGCCGAGCGCCGGCGCGGGCCGACCGUGCCGCUGCCAUGUGAUGAGCCGGGCCGCAGCAGCAGGCCGGGCCGGCGACAGCUAGUGGUCGCCGCCCACAUGUACAAAGUCAUUAUUUAAUGAGCGUCGGCGCAUGCGCAGCUGGGCGCGGGCCGCCCCGGCAGUCAUUUUUGUAUUAUCUAUAUGAUGUCCUGAUUAUGUGGUGAAUCCAGAUCAUGUAAUGCCAUGUAUAUACAAGAGAUAUCAAACUA